AUGAACCCCAAGGAAGCAGAAGCGGUCAAAGCUCUUCAAAACGAAACGCCUUCUACAGUCAGAGAGAACCGCUUACCGAGGUUCCUCAGCCUAGCCCACCACAUUGCCAAGCUCGAGUUGGGAGAAGCCGGAGAUCCGAUCCAGCACCGGAAGCGGCCGACACUGAAGACUCAAGUGAGGAAGAACUCAGCAUUUGGACAGCUCAACAUCCUGUCUGCCCACUCCCAAGAAGAGCACCCAGGGAACUGA